AGCCGUUUUGGUUCACUCGAGAACUCAAGGCCGCAGCGAGUGGCCUCGCAACCUCCUUUCCGCGCCGACCAAUCCGCGUAUUGGCACUUCGCAGCCAUGGGGAUGGCAUUCACCAAGCUCUUCGCCAAGCUGGUCGGCAAGCAGGAGAUGCGCAUCCUGAUGGUGGGCCUCGACGCCGCGGGCAAGACCACGAUCCUCUACAAACUGAAGCUCGGCGAGGUCGUCACCACCAUCCCGACUAUCGGCUUCAACGUGGAGACGGUCGAGUACAAAAACAUCAGCUUCACCGUGUGGGACGUCGGUGGCCAGGACACACUCCGGGGGGUGGGGGGCGCUGGCUGGGCACCCGCACUGAUCUUGGCCGCGCCCGUCCCGGGUCGGCGCCCGAGGCCACGAGGGCCCGCCCGCCGACCGUCUGCCCGACGGCAUCCUGCCGCAGCCCCUGGACGUGCCGGCCGUCGUCGAGGCUUCUGUGUUCGCUUUCGGCCUGCGCGGGGGCCCUGGAUUGCCGGGCCCCGGCGCCGUCAGGAAAGGGCUGAGGUCGCAGGGCACAGGUCCAGACCUCUUGGGGGACCACGCCGUGAAAAAUUCGUGACGUCGGGUACCUGGGAGGACAAGAUCCGCCCGCUGUGGCGCCACUACUACCAGGGCACGCAGGGCCUGAUCUUCGUCGUGGACAGCAACGACCGCGACCGCGCGGAGGACGCGCGCGAGGAGCUCAUGAAGAUGCUGAACGAGGACGAGAUGCGCGACGCCGUGCUGCUCGUCUUCGCGAACAAGCAGGACCUCCCGAACGCGAUGCCGGCGGCGGAGGUCACCGAGAAGCUCGGCCUUCACAACAUGCGCAACCGCCAGUGGUUCAUCCAGUCCGCCUGCGCCACGACCGGCGACGGCCUCUACGAGGGCCUGGACUGGAUGUCGCGGACGCUCUCCUCGAAGAAGUGAGGCGGGCGGGUGCCCUGGCCGAGGAGGGCGGGGAGCAGCUCCUGGCAUCCUGGCCUCGUGGGGCAUCACCCAGCUCGGAUCAGGUUCUGCCCCCCCCGCCCUGUCCGGGAAACGUCGCGGGCGGCCUUUGUAGCUCUGCCCGUGAGGCGGAAGUGGGCCGGCCGCGCGCUCGUCACUUAGUCGCCUGCCAGCGCUC